AUGUGGAAAAACAAAUUAGCUGAGAAAGGAAAUCGAAACUAUGGAGAAAUCGAUUUCUCUUAAUUUUAAUCAGUAGCAGAACGGGAAAAAAAUAACAAAGCAUUGGAACCUGCCUCAAGUGUUUACUCAAUCAAUAUGAAGGGAAACACAAAAAUUCCAUUUCCAAAUAUUAAAUCCAAAUCUCCUGAUGUUUUAAAGAUUCAUCAAUAUAAUUAAGCAGUUAUCGAUGUAAAGUCAAAAUCUCCAAAGGCAAAAGUUAUGAAUAUUAAUUCUUAAAACUUAAGCAAACAAUUCGAAACUUUUAUGAAAUCAAAACGAGAGUAUAAAUUAUAAUAAAAAUAAUAAUUAUGA